AUGGCGAAACACCUCCGCUUCAUCGCUCGGACUGUUAUGGUUCAAGAAGGAAACGUGGACGCUGCGUACAAGAGUUUGAACAGGGUCCUGACACAGGAUGGAAUUAUUGACACAGUGAAGAGGAAGCGCUACUACGAGAAGCCCUGCCGCGAACGGAUCCGAAAGAACUUUGAGAACUGCCGGAGAAUUUACCAUUCUGAAAUGGGCCGAAAGAUCGCCUUCAUCUCCAAGACAAACAGAGAGGACCCUUGGCUCGGCUGCUAG